ACUUCGUCUCUGAUAAUGUGUUGGAUGAAUGAGCACGUGGCUAACACGUCACGUGAAUAUCAGCACGUUGGACAGCAGCUCCAGCCUCACACCUCCCACAGAGGAUGGAGCGAGCGGCGGCUUCAUGGCUGAGGAAGGAAGUUCCUGUUUGGAGGAGAUGGAGACUCGUUGUCAGCACCCUGUGGGGUAAGGAACCGAGUCGCGUCGGGAUUUCACCAUGUGAAGAGGGUCUGUGUUGCUGAGGAUGGUGCGCGGCUGUUUGAACCAAGCCACCAUGGACCGCUGCUGCUGCGUAAUUUCGGCACAUUACUUCGUGUUUGGAGGAGUCCUGCUCUCACCUCCUAUCAUCCGUCUUCUCUGCUUGCGGCGCCGGGAUGGUUGGGCGAAGAGUUGACGCUGAACCGACGUCCAACGCUCCUUCGCCGCAUGGAUAAAACGGAACCGAUUUAAAAACCAGAAACUUUGCGAUCGGGAGCUGCUUCAGGAGGACGAGGUGUGGGACAAAGCCUGCAGAGACAGCAGGGGAGUUGAUGGAUGCCACCGCGGAGAAACAAAGGACUCCCACAAGCUGCUCACCUCCUCCUAAUGAAAAACAUAAAUGCCUUCAAUAAGUGGGGUUUUUUAUUGACGACCGACCUCCCUUCGAGACCCGUAUUGAUUUUCUUAUUCAGACAGGGUAUUUUUUGAGGAUAACACCUUGAACAGCUCCUCAUUGUCACUCAGAACCUCUACUGGGUCCUGUUGGACCUGCUGGACGGCAGCUGGACCUUUCCAUUCUGACUUUAAGCGGCUCUGGGCUCCUGGUUUAGAGCUCUGUAAUUGAAUCCCGAUAGAAAACGCCUCCAUCCAUAAAGAAAAACAGUAACCCUUCCUCAUUGGUCGGACUGCAGUGCACAUGCUAUAACAACAGGAUAUGCAAAGAGCCAUGGGCUGAUCUACCAGCCUAUCAUGUUUCGAGCAUGCUUUUUUUCUCUUUUUUUGUAGUUUUUUUAAUAUAACAAGAUGUGAACUGCUCUCUGUGAUAAAUUCCACAAUAGUAGACUUAAUAAUAAAACUAAUAAUUAUGAUGUUUUAAAGAAACGACAACAAAAAAAAGGGGGGGCUGUGCCUGUGCUGUGAAGGUUCUGAGACAUGUUCAAGUACCGUCUUGGAACGGUUUUCAGUCAACUCAAAGUGUUGCUGCUGAUGCACUCGGAUUCGAGUAGCCGGAGGACUGACCCAGGCACAGACCCAGAGCAGAGCAGGAUGAGAGGCUUCACCAUCGCAGGCUGUGGCUGGCCACAGAUGAGCUGCUCCCACCGGGACGACGACGAGGAGUACUACGGGCCCCGGCAACGCAGCCUGACCUCCGAGGAUAAAGAAGGAGACAAACCCCAGGGAGCAGGAGGAGGAGGAAGUCUGGAGGCGUCCUCCCUGCCGAGUCUUUCUGAGAGUGGGGUGCAAGCACAGCAGUGCAGGAUCUGCUUCCAGGGGCCAGAAAAGGGGGAGCUGUUGAGCCCCUGUCGCUGUGACGGCUCCGUGCGCUGCACUCACCAGUCCUGCCUCAUCCGCUGGAUCAGUGAGAGAGGCUCCUGGAGCUGCGAGCUCUGCUACUUCAAGUACCAGGUYCUGGCCAUCAGCACCAAGAACCCACUGCAGUGGCAGGCCAUCUCUCUGACAGUGAUUGAAAGGGUGCAGAUUGCUGCCAUUGUGCUGGGCUCUCUCUUCCUAUUUGCCAGCAUUUCCUGGUUGGUGUGGUCGUCGCUCAGCCCCUCGGCCAAGUGGCAGCGGCAGGAUCUUUUGUUCCAGAUAUGCUACAGCAUGUACGGCUUCAUGGACGUAGUAUGCAUAGGUCUUAUAAUCCACGAAGGAUCAUCUGUUUACCGGAUCUUUAAGCGCUGGCGGGCAGUGAACCAGCAGUGGAAAGUGCUGAAUUAUGAGAAAACCAAGGAUCUGGGCGACUCCGUCAGUUCAAGCAGCAAAUCCGCCGGUCAAGUCGAAAGGAACUUUUCAAACGGCAUCGCGGCCGACGGACGGAGAGCAACGAGUCGACACGUCAGGGCUAUCUUCACCCACCACUGUGGCUACACUAUCCUGCACAUUCUCAGCCAGCUGAGGCCCUCGAACCUGCAUGGUGCCAACCAGGAGGUGGUCAUGAGAGUGACCACGGUGUGAGGUCAUUCUUCGGUCUUUGAAGAGGAAAUAAAAGUGCUGAUAAAAUAAAAUCCUAACGUGCCAUAAAAUCUGCCUGAGACUGAAGUGAUAAGAUGUGCUCUCAGGUUCGUCCUGAGCCGUGAGGAGCCGUCUGUUUCUGAAACGUGAGGAAGGCAGAGCAGUGGUAUGUAGAGCUGAGUAAAAACACAUGGCUGGAAGAAAAAACAUAUUCAUUUCAGUUGUCUCCUGGUCUGAAUAAGCAUGAAAAAAGAUAGUCAAAGGGUGAAAAAAAUAACAUUUCCAAAUUUCGUUCAAUAACACCUUUUCUGAAUGCAUCCCUCCCUUUUCUCCUUCCUCCCUUCUACAUAUAGAAAGCCAGCCCACGGCUGAAGCAUCUGCCAUAGCCAAAUGGUGAAAUUUAAUGUCUUUGAUUUCACAAUGCAGGUAAAGGAUACAGAACUUUGGAAAGUCACGUUUGGAAAAGUCUGAAAUUAUUCCCCAAAAACCUGGGUAAACUUUUUAUUUAUAAACCUCGUGAUAAUUUUUACCAUAAUAAAUGUCUCAAAAUGUGACUUUGACUUUUUUUUUUUACUUUAUUUUAUAUAUACAAAAGAAAAAAAAACAUGUUGCAGAUAUUAAUAUUGCUCCCAUCAUUGCCCUCAUGUACCUUCACAAAGAAACACAAACCUGCACAUGUAAAAUGUAUAACUGAUACAGUUUAUGCCCGCCUUCAGAAAAAAGUUGAUGUGGCAUAUUUGUUCAAAUGUUUUAAACUGAUGUCUGUAUUAAAGUGUGCGUUGACUGAAGGACAAAUA